AUUAUUCAUGGGCAGACAUAACAAAAAAAGAAUUAUUCAUGGGCCCAAACAUACUCAUCCACCAGUUUACUCUUGGAUUUUAAUAUGACAAUUCCUCGACUCAAAAAUAGGCAUCCACAAAAUAUCACUCUUGUUUAUAUUAAUUACAACUAUUUGUCUUAUAUAUUUUCAAAACUAGUAUGAAUAUUCAUGUAAUGUAAAGAAAAUCUUUCUAGAUAUUAGGUUAGACAAAUCUUAAAUUGAGAUAGCAAACAAACCCGCCCUUCUCAUUUGCUAGUUGUGAGCCAACCAGAAGAAAUGAAUAUGAUAUGCAGCAGUAGAUUCUCUCUCUGUCUGUUUCUAUUCACAACCUCCUUUUUCUACGCGCACACAAUAGACACCAUUGAUACUUCCCAAAUAGUGAGCGAUGCCCGUGACGACACCCUCAUCUCAUCAAGCGGAACCUUUGCAUUGGGGUUUUACAGCCCAGAGAACUCCAACAAUCGCUACGUCGGCAUAUGGUACAACAAAAUCAAAGACAAGACGGUGGUGUGGGUCGCCAACAGAGACGAUCCACUCACCGAUAGAUCUGGUACGCUCAGAGUCAUUGAGCCGGGCCGUCUGCUUCUUCUCAAUGCUAAGAAUGCUACUAUUUGGGCAGCUAAUGUAUCAAGCAGCAGCGUGCACACUCCGAUUGCACGUUUACUUGACUCUGGAAACCUCAUUCUCACUGAUGCAAACGAUGACAAGAAUUUCAUCUGGCAGAGCUUCGACUAUCCAACCGACACUCACUUACCAGGGAUGAAGCUUGGUAGGAACUUUGUGAGUGGCCAUGAAGUCUACAUCUCGUCAGCAAAGAGCAACGAUGAUCCGGCAACGGGAGGUUUUACGUAUCACUGUGAUCCUACUGGUUAUCCACAGAACGUGAUCAAAGCAGGUGCUUCCUUCCGGUAUAAAUCAGGGCCGUGGAAUGGUGUCCGCUUCAGCGGCAGCCACAACUUAAUGAAAAACACCCUCUUCACGUUUGGGGUGGUGAUGAACAAGAAUGAGGUUUACUAUUACUACCAGCUCCUCAACGACUCCGUAUAUACGAGGUUGACGCUGAGCGAGAAUGGUGCUGGACAGAGGUGGCGUUGGUCUACUCAAACCCAAAACUGGAUGCUUUAUCUUACUUUUCCAAUAGAUAACUGUGAUAUUUAUAAAGUGUGCGGUGCACAUGGUGUUUGUAGUGCUGCUACUUCGCCCGACUGCUCCUGUUUGAAUAAAUUUAAGCCUAGUAAUCCUCAAGGUUGGGAUGGAGGUGAUUUUUCUGAUGGAUGCAUUCGAAGAACUCCGUUGAACUGCGAAGACGGCGAUGUUUUUCUUAAGUACUCUGGAAUCAAAUUGCCAGACUCGGUGGGUUCCUGGUACAAUGCAAGCAUGAAUCUUGAAGAAUGCAAGGUAGCAUGCGCCAUAAAUUGCUCGUGUACAGCGUAUGCAAGUCUAAAUAUAAGCAACGGUGAAAGUGGAUGUCUACUGUGGUUCGGUGACCUUGUCAACAUGAGACAGCAGAUUACUCCAGGACUAGAUAUCCACAUUAGAAUGGCUAAAUCUGAAUUAGGCUCCGGAAGUAGGAAGCGAGAAAUGCUUACAGUGAUGUUGUCUGUGGGAAUUGGGAUUCUGCUGCUAGGCCUGAGCAUGUUGCUGUAUUACCGGAAACGAAAGAAGCUGAAGCAUCAGCAGCAAGAAACGGACAAACUGAGGAAAUCGGAUGAAACUCACGAGGAGCUAGAGCUACCAAUGUUUGAAUUGUCCACAAUGAGCAAAGCUACUGAUGGAUUUUCACUCAACAAUAAGCUUGGAGAGGGUGGAUUCGGACCAGUUUUUAAGGGACUGCUAGAGGGACAGGAAAUUGCUGUGAAACGACUUUCAACAACUUCCCGUCAAGGAGCACAUGAGUUCAAGAAUGAAGUAAUCUGUAUUGCAAAACUUCAGCAUCGAAAUCUAGUGAAGCUCCUCGGAUGUUGCAUUCAAGGAGAAGAACGAAUGUUGGUUUAUGAAUACAUGACCAACAAAAGCCUCGACAUAAUACUAUUUGAUCAAGUCAAGAAAACGAUACUGGACUGGCCAAGGCGCUUCAACAUUAUUAAUGGUAUUGCUCGGGGGCUUAUGUAUCUCCAUCAAGACUCCCGCCUGCGAGUAAUCCACAGAGACCUCAAAGCCAGCAAUAUAUUACUGGAUUCAGAUAUGAUUCCAAAAAUAUCAGAUUUCGGUCUUGCAAGAACAUUUGGAGGGAAUGAAACUGGGGCUGACACAAGCCGAGUAGUAGGAACAUAUGGAUACAUGUCCCCAGAGUAUGCAGUAGAUGGCAUGUUCUCAGUGAAAUCAGAUGUGUUUAGCUUUGGUGUUCUGGUGCUUGAAAUCAUAAGUGGUAAGAGAAACAGAGGAUUUACUCUGGAGGAUCAUCGUCACAACCUUCUUGGACAUGCAUGGAUGCUUUACAAAGAAGAAAAGUCACUGGAAUUAGUGGAUUCUUGUGUGGAAUAUUCAAGCUACUUAUCACAAGUUGCACGAUCAAUCCAUGUGGGCCUUUUGUGUGUUCAAGAAGAGAGAGAAGAGAGGCCAAACAUGUCUUCAGUGGUACUGAUGCUCAACAAUGAUGGAGUUCUGCCUGAAGCCAAACAUCCUGGUUUCUUCACAGCAAGAGAUAUAAUAAGAACUGAAACUUCGGAUAACUCGAACACUGCAAGUUCCACUAAUACAAUGACCGUUUCGCUGCUAGAGGCUCGUUAAACAAACACAAAUGUAAAUAUAACAGAUUAGUUUAGUAUAAUUACAGAUUGUGUAUACUUCCUUAUAAAUGAGUAAUUCUGCAGACAAUUUUUAGUGCACACCCUGUUGUAGAAAUUGUGAGUUGAAAGAGAAACAGAGAAGUUGCUUGCAAGAAGGGUUAAUAUGUUCUUGCUC